GACACUCAUUCCGUCACAGUGAUGGGUCCCGAUUUAACUUAAAGAAGCGAGUUUACAUUCUCUGUAUCCACCCUUACUUCAUAAUGCGUCAGACCAGGCUGGCAGUCUGCGUAUGGUCCUUUUUAUGCCUUGGUGCAUAUGCGGCUCAUUCUUCGGAUGCAUCACUGUACCAGAGCAAGCUAUGGGUGGCAGGCAACAUUCGAUCAGUCAUGCUGGCUUCUAUCAGGACCAGUUGGGAACAAGGAACCGCAGUGGGUGCCAUUCUGGAAUUCGAUGAUCCAGAGUACUCUGUUUUUGGAUCUUCUCCAUUCGUUUCCGACGGAAAAUUUCCACUUUCAACUCUGCAACUGGCUUAUAGCGCUGUUGUACGACAAAGUCCUGACGGUCGCCUCAGCCAAGAAAUCGGUGAUGCGCUGGAUGGUGCUGCUUUAGAUGGUGCCUCCGCUGGCUCUGCGGUUCUGCUGGGCAGUUUUACUGAUGCAUCUCGGCACAACUAUUGGCUGGAUGCGGCUAACGCCCAACUGAAUUUUUUACUCAACGUAGCUCCUCGCACCUCUACUGGAGCCAUUUCCCAUCGUAUCGACUCACGUCAAUAUUGGGCAGAUGGCGUCUACAUGGGAUUUCCAUUUAUUGCAUACUUUGGGGCAGUCACCAACAACGCAACACUCCUCCAGAUUGCAUACGAUCAAUGUCGGUUGUACCGUGAUGCCCUGAUUCUAGAUGGUCCUACUGGAAAGCUCUGGGGACAUAUUUACUCCGAUGAUACUAAAGCGUGGAUAGAUGAAGGUAUCUGGGGAACUGGUAAUGCGUGGGCAGCACUUGGCAUGCUACGCGUUGCCGUGACGAUCCACAAGACUGAGCAUUCUUCAGAUAUGGCUCCUCAGAUUGCUAACCUUACCUCAUGGAUUAAAGAAAUUCUGGAUGGCGAGUUUGCUUCCCUGGGAUCAGACGAUUUGGUCCCGAACUAUAUCAUUGGGGGUCCGUCCUUUCCUGAUGCAGCCUCCUCCGCUGCCUUGGCCUCUGUAGCAUAUCGGGCUGCACAUCUAUUCCCCCGGAAAUUUCACAGAAACUACACGCAUGUGGCUGCAAAAAUACGAGAUGCUGUUGUGGGCAACGUCACGAACCUCGGUACCUUGCAGCCUAUCACGGAUCCCUUGCCAGAUCCAUUUCCAUAUUGGAACCAAACAGGAUUGCUGAGUACGGAGUCGCAAGCAUUUGGACUGAUGAUGCUCUCGGCAUGGAGAGACUGGAUUGACGCCUGAAAGCGCAAGCAAAUUCUUUUGUUUUUAGAUUAUCCCUGAUUUCACUCGUUGUCUGUCACGCUCAUUAAAAACAACC